UUAUAACUUCCUACAUUCCUGUGACAUUCUAUUAAUAAAGCUCUGUCUUACUUCUAAUAGUUGCAUAUGCAAUACUUGAGUCGCUAUCACCUUUAGUUGCACAGAGAAACGGGUCACGUUAAUGCCGCGGGUUAAUAUCGUUGAAGGAAAGUUAAAAAAUUGUUCACGUUUUCUACUUGAAAUUUAAAAAAUAGAUAAAAGCAAGAAUGAAAAAUUACGAGACAACAACAAGGGUAAUAACCAUAUUGAACUACAUGGGGGCACUUCGAAACUUCAUAGAUCCAAGAAAACACCAAUUCAAAUUUAUAUGUAGCUGGAUUUGGAACACGUUGUUAAUUGUUGUGCUUUCUGUUUUCGCAAUUCAUUCACAAAUAGAAGAUGGAAAAUAUCACAUGGUGUAUAAUAUAGAAAGCGUCACAUACGUAUUCCAAUAUAUCACGUAUGUACUUGGAUACAUAAGCAUAGUGAUCAUUGGUCUGUACCAAUCCAAGAACGUAUCGACGUUGAUAAAACAGAUCGACAAAGUGGACGAAUAUUUGAAGAAAUUGGGAAGUGAAAUCGAGUAUCGCAGUUUGCAUCGACAUAUAACGAUCGUCGGAUCAUUCUGGUUACUAAAUGCGGUCGUAGAAUCUGCGGUUUUUAUAAAGAUUUUAAUACAAAACCUUCUACCACCUUGGACAGCACUUAUUGUCUUAAUUUACUGUUACAUAACGAACGCCCAGUCAGUCGUAUUAUACGAAUACAACACAACGAUUUAUUGGCUAGGAUCGCGAAUUAAGAUGAUAAACGAGCUUCUCGAAACGUUCCUCUUGGAGAAAAACAAAGUAAAAGCAGAGGACUCCAAUACGGAGACCAUCUUUGAACCAAGUCAUAAUGUUCGAAACAAAUUUGAAUUGAACAAUUGGCUGCCCGAACGAUCUUUAAAUGUUCUAGAAGUAUCUACGACGAGCGGAGUUUCGAAUGUAAAACAAAAGAUCGUCCAAGAAAAAGUUCACAUGCUUCGACAAAUUAGGUUCGUGCAUCUACAAGUGUGCAAGGUAUCGAGGAUGGUGAACGAUAUAUUCAACGCCCAAAUAUUAAUAUAUACGAUUACUACUCUGCUAUAUUUUACUAUAUGUGUUUACAACUUGUACAUGACUCUUCACAGAGGGUCUAAUGUCGUAAAAGAUCAAUGGGAUGUUAUAUUGAUAUAUUUGUUGGAUAGCGUGGUUGGUACCUUGAAAAUCGUUUUAAUGAGCUACGACUGCGAAUAUACAAUGAAACAGGCUAACAAAACGAUAGGAAACAUCCACGCGUAUCCUGUGCACGAAGGAAACGCAGAAUUAACAGAUGAGAUCCUCCAUUUUUCUUGGCAAAUAUCGUACACCCAACUUGAAAAAACGAAAUCGGUUGAUUAUAUAUUGAACUAUGGAUUCGUCCGUUACUGUCUCAACUUCGUAAUAUCUUAUUUGAUUAUUAUGGUACAGUGGAGCCAAAACUUGAUAAAGAACGGUCCAAUAUUAAUCACAAACGAGACCACCACCUUGUACGAGAAUACAAGUUUAGUAGUAUAACUAUGCAUAGUGCUCGAUAGAAUCGUAUUGUAAAAUUAUGAAACACGUAGGUAAAGUCUGUGAGUGUUAAAUAUUAAUACAAUGCGUCUCGUAAUUAACGUUCCUCUCGCAAAGCCACCGUACAAUUUGCAAUCCUUACACAUAAAUAUGUAGAGGUACAAGGUACAAGACAUACAACGCGACAAAAUCUAAUUAGGAAAAUCGUCAUUGUUUAUCUCGUUAACGUAACUAUAAAAUAUACAUCUAAUAACGUAUAAGAAAUGAUAGUAUUUGAGGACUUUACGAAACGUAGUGUAUGUGUACUGGAGCUUGAUUCGGUGUAAAAUACCACAACUCGUAUGUGUCGUAACAAAUAUAUUUAAAGGAAAAAACA